AUGAGUUUUUGUUGUGCAAUAUCUUGCAAUUCAAAAUCUAGUAAUAAUAGAAAAUCUUUUCAUAGAUUCCCUCUAAAGAAUCAUAUCUUAUUAUCAAAAUGGUUAAAGGCAAUCAAUAGAAAAAACUUCAACCCCACUAAAUAUUCCAAAAUAUGUGGUGAUCAUUUCACCAUUGAUAGUUUUAUUCCAUCUGUUACGGGGCUACGAAGUUUAAAGGAAGGAUCUAUACCUACCAUUUUCAAAAUACCCAUUCCUCUUCAGGAUAUAACAAAUAAUCUGAAUAAUACUAUUACAAUAUCAAACUCUAUAAAAAAAAUUGAUCAUAACUAUGCUGCAAAUAACUAUACCUUUACCAGAAAGAGAAAAUAUUUUCCAAAAACAAGUGACACUUUAAAUAUUCUUGAAGAUGUAGAUUUGGAGAAACCUGCUAGUCACAAUGUUUCAAAAACAAUUGACACUAUUAAUAUUCUUGAAGAUGUAGAUUUGGAGAAACCUGCUAGUCAUAAUGAUUCAAAAACAAUUGACACUAUUAAUAUUCUUGAAGAUGUAGAUUUGGAGAAACCUGCUAGUCAUAGAAAAUAUGCUUCACAAACAAUAGCCAAUGAUCAUAUAUAUACAGCCAAUUUAUCAUUCUUAUCAAGAAAGAUCAAAUAUCAAGAUAAAUAUAUUUUAAAAUUAAGAAAAAAAAUGAGCGCCUCUUAUAAGAGGGAAACUAUAAGAAAUAAGAAGAUUAUCGAUUUAAAAUCAAUUAUUAAACAAUUGAAGAAUAAAAAUUUAAUAUAUGGUGAAGGGGAGGAUCAAUUGGAAAAAUUUUUUACAGGCAUCCCUUUAGCUUUUAUCAAAACCCAAUUACACAGUGGAGGCAUAAAAAAUCCAUGGAGAAUAAAAUUUUCCCAAGAAAUGAAACAGUUUGCCUCCACUGUUCAUUUUUAUUCUCCAAAAGCAUAUAAAUACUUAAGGGAUCAAUUUUGCCUACCAUCAGAAUCUACAUUGAGAACCUGGAGCCAACAAAUUAAAAUAAGGCCAGGUUUUCUCGAUGCUUCUUUUGAUAGAAUUAAAAGAUUUCAAUCUGAUUCAAAAGUAAAAUUACUCACCACAUUAAGCCUUAAUGAAAUGUCCAUUCGUCAUAUUGUACAAUGGGACAAAAAGGAGUACCAUGGAUAUGUUGAUUUGGGCAAUGAAAUCAAACCAUCUGAUUCUCUUCCUAAAGCCAAACAGGCUCUUUUUCUUAUGGCAACAUGUCUUAAUGGUACAUGGAAAAUUCCAUAGGAUACUU